GUCUGCUUGUUUGCCGGACCACAUGGCCAAGCACAAUGGGGCGGCCGACGACAUGUCAGGCAGCAACAACAACAGCAACAACACGUCCGGCUCGAAGCGCCAGCGGGUCGCUCUUGCCUGCAACCCGUGCCGCACACGCAAGUCCAGGUGCAAUGGCGCCCGCCCAAGAUGCAGCCUUUGCGAGCGCAUGUCCUUUGACUGCACCUACGAUGCACCCGGGUCCGCGGCCAAUGUCAUCAUCCCAAAGGACGCCUUUGCCGACCUCGAGUCCCGCCUCCACCUCCUCGAGCAGAUCGUCAAGGGCCACCAUGAACAGCUGUCUGUCCGCAGUUUCAGCUCCGCCGCCUCCGACAGGGGCAUCUCUGAGACCUCUGCCGACCUCGACAGCCCAGCACCUGGCAUCACGAGGCUGCUGAGCGGCCAGGAGCCAGAGCUCGACCUAGACGAUCACACAGAUGGCAUGGCCAUCUCUUUUGUCGACGAGAAGGAUCAGGGCUUCUUUGGCCCGUCCGCCAACAUCUCAUUCAUGCGCAUCAUUCUGAGGUCCAUGCUCGCCGCCAGCCCGGCAAGCCCCGGGCCAAGCACGGUCAAGGUCAAGUCCAUGUCUUCCCGGACCGCCAGCAACACGCUAAAGGAGCCAGCGCAAAAUUUGGGCGUGACCCUGCCUCCCGAGGACGUCAUGCAUCGCCUGCUUCAACAAUACUUUGCCAACACGGGCUUGCUCUUCCCCUACAUCCACGAAGCUUCCUUCCUCGAGACGUAUCGGCAGGCCCGUGCCUCUGGCUUCACGAGCGUUCGCAGGACAUGGCUAGCCCUGCUCAACAUCAUCCUGGCCAUGGCUGUCCGCGCAGACGCCUCCCGAGCCGAGACGCCCCACUCGGCGAGAGGCGACGAGGCGGAGCCCUUCUAUAAACGCGCCUGUCUGCUCUGCGGGACGCAGAUGCUACGGGGCACGACGCUUGAGACUGUACAGUACCUUCUGUUGUCGACACAGUAUCUCCAGGGCACCCAGCACGCAGUGCAGACGUGGACAACGCACGGGCUGGCGGUCAAGACCGCGCUGUCCAUCGGGCUGCACUCCAAAGCCGCAUCGGCCAAGUUUCCACCUAUAGAGCGGGAGAUGCGCAAACGGACCUGGUUUGGCUGCAUCGUGCUCGACCGCAGUCUCAGCAUGACCUUCGGCCGACCGAGUGCCAUUCCAGAAGAUUAUGUACGGCUCGACCUGCCCGUGCCGAUACCUGGGGACAGAGAGCGCGGCAUGUCGGCGCUCUUCUUCUCCGCAACGGUCACGCUGUAUCGCAUCCUCUGGAAGGUCAUCGCGUCCUUGUACGGCCACAAUAUCGAGCAGGAGGAUAUUCCAGGGCCUGAGCUGCUGACCCGCAUCCUCGGACUCGAACAAGAACUAGAUCAGUGGCAGACCACGCUGCCACCGGCGCUACAAAUUGCGCCUCCUUCCUUUGAAGAGGCAGGCUCACCCGCAUCCUCGAGGUCGCCGUCGCAGCAGAUCGAGAAGCUGCGCAAUAUCAUCACGCUGCGCUACCUCAACACCAAGCUGUUGGUAAUGCGGCCGAUAUUGACAAACAUGCUCCAGACAAGGUUUAUGUCCCCAGGUGUGAAUAACCACGACGAAUACGACCAUCAGCAGCAAAACAAGUUCUUCACCACAGCAUGCUUCGGUGCGGCGGUCGAGUCGAUAUCUUUGAUACACGCCGUUGUCACGCGGCCUGAUCUGGGAAAGCACAUGCUAGGGGCGUGGUGGUUUACUCUGUGUUAUGCGUUUAAUGCCUCGCUCACAGUCUUUGGUGUCCUGCUCCUGCAACCUGCCGUCCCACCACAGGACAGUACGGAGCAAGUCCCGUCAGAUGUCUCCUCGCCGCAUUCACAACAAGGUGGUGGUCACCUGGAGAGCCGGCAACAAGCGACUCGAGGUCGCGAGGCACUCAUCAAAGCCAUCGAAGCGCUCGACGCAAUGGCGGCCAACAAUGUUCUCGUCGAUCGGUGCAUCGAGCACCUCCGGCAGCUCGUGCAUGUGCUGGACAGCAGGAAGGUGGAAGCAGAUUCCUCGAAUGUCGCAAAACCACUCUCGGCGACAUCUACGACGUUCCCGCCCGACUGCUCAUCCUUUAUUAUGUGCGGCAUGCCGGCUUCGACGUCCGCUACGACUACUGGUGCGGGCGUCCUGGUGGACUUCUCGAGCCCGAAGCUGGCCAUGGACGAGACCUCGAUCCUCGGGAUGACGUUCCCCGAUUACCACCACACCAUGAUGUUUGAGGACGAUCCAGGACCAGGCUUGUUCUUCACAGAAAGCAGCGGCAGUGGUGGCAGUGGGGUUGACGCCGGAAGUGAUUCGUGGAUGGAUUUCGGGUAUCAGCUUUGAGGCGUCUUGUGCAUGUAUCAUUGGGGAGGAGGGGGUCUGGGCGCAAUAAUGUAUUCAUUGGUCAGGGUACAACAUUUGGUAUGGCAUAGGAAAGAAAAAUAAAAACGAAUUGGGACCCCCGG